GACCAGACCUAUUUGGUCACUUACUCAACCCGCUGCUUUUUUACUUAUAAAUACGUGAUUGAGUGUGCUGGUGUAUCUAGAUGCUCUUGUUUUACAACGUAGUUCUUCUCCUUUUUCGUCGACCAGCUUCGUAGAAUAGUAAAAAAUGGCCUCGGUUGAAGACCGGAUAAAGGACUUGCCGCGAGAAAAAUUGGAAAGUUUAUUCCACAAGUCUCUAGAAAAAUGUCGAGACGUGGAGGCGCGCCUGCAACAGCUUCGUACGGAACAAGAGGGGGCCAAGAAGCGGGAAGGAGACGAGGAGGAAAGCGGUGCUACAAUACCUGAAGCUAGUCCAUCUGCCGGUAUCGAAGAAGCAGGGGCGGAAAUAGAAAAAGAGGUUCACGAUGAUGCUAGGGUCUUCUUGGCGAAAUGAAUUUGCACUAAAAUACUUGUAGAUUCUAGUCUGUCUUGAUCUUAUGCAAGAAUCCUAGACGAGGGCAUGAUCGACAAUCUUCUAUUGUUGAAACUGUUUUGCCCCGCUAUUAGGCUAGUAGUACUAAAUGGGACAUAAUGAGGAUCAAGAAAGAAUAGUAAGAGUUUUUCGUUCUUCUAUCUUUCUCUGUGUCUCACCCAGACAGCCGCUUUGCAGGAAGAGGCUAAAAAGGAGAUAGCACAGUAUAGGCAUGCUUCGGCGUCGGAGCUUGAAGAGUUGCAGCGAGAGCAUGACCAGGCAAACGCGGCGCGAGAACGCGAACUGGAGGAGGAAUCGCGCGUCGCGGAGGCGCGUCUGGAGGAAUUGCGGGCUGAGGAGAAGCGGGUAGAUGAGGAGAGAGAUGAUGCUGAAACGCUAGAAGAUUGCGUACCAGCCGCGGGGCCGCCGCUCUCUGCUGCGGAGGUAGAGGCUGCGGUAGCGGAUUCACCGGAGUUGCGUGAGCUCGUCUCCACCGCGCGCGCCGGUGCACGUGAGGAGGCAGAGGCAGUGCGUGCGAUCGCCGCGCAGGAUCGAGGGCAGCGAGAGCGGCAACAACGUGCGGCAAGCGUUGCUGCUGCCGAAGCCGAUGCGCGGGAAGAAGUAGCGAAGCGAAAGCAGGAGGUCGCGACACGGCGCGAACGACUGGCAACUCUUGCAUCGGUGCUUGA